UGGGCAGGGCAGCUAAAUAUAGUCCUGGGGCCAGAGCUCAGUCUGGGAGGGUCUGUCUGCUAUUCACUGCGUGCCCAUCACCCGUGGUGUCCCUUGUCCUCGCUCUGAGCUCGGUGCUUCCUUCUCACCUGUCUUCAGACACAGCUCUGACCUACCUACAGUUAGGCCUGACCUUGACUGGGCCUCUUGCGAGUCUCUUUUUGUCCAAGAUCUCCAACCAGACCUGCCCGCAAUGUCGGCUGCACCCGGCCUCCUGCACCAGGAGCUGUCCUGCCCGCUGUGCCUGCAGCUGUUCGACGCGCCCGUGACAGCCGAGUGCGGCCACAGCUUCUGCCGCGCCUGCCUAGGCCGCGUGGCAGGGGAGCCGGCGGCGGACGGCACGGUGCUCUGCCCGAGCUGCCAGGCACCCACGCGGCCGCAGGCGCUCAGCACCAACCAGCAACUGGCGCGCCUGGUGGAGGGGCUGGCGCAGGUGCCUCAGGGCCACUGUGAGGAGCACCUAGACCCGCUGAGCAUCUACUGCGAGCAGGACCGCGUGCUCGUGUGCGGCGUGUGCGCCUCGCUCGGUUCGCACCGCGGCCACCGCCUGCUGCCCGCCGCCGAAGCCCAUGCGCGCCUCAAGACGCAGCUCCCACAGCAGAAGCUGCAGCUGCAGGAGGCGUGUAUGCGGAAGGAGAAGAGUGUGGCCGUGCUCGAGCAUCAGCUGGUGGAGGUGGAGGAGACAGUGCGUCAGUUCCGGGGGGCCGUGGGAGAGCAGCUGGGCAAGAUGCGCUUGUUCCUGGCUGCACUGGAGGGCUCCUUGGACCGCGAAGCUGAACGUGUACGGGGUGAGGCAGGGGUAGCCUUGCGGCGGGAGCUGGGGAGCCUGAACUCUUACCUGGAGCAGCUGCGGCAGAUGGAGAAGGUGCUGGAGGAGGUGGCAGACAAGCCACAGACUGAGUUCCUCAUGAAAUACUGCCUGGUGACCAGCAGGCUGCAGAAGAUCCUGGCAGAGUCACCACCACCUGCCCGUCUGGACAUCCAGCUGCCCGUCAUCUCAGAUGACUUCAAAUUCCAGGUGUGGAGGAAGAUGUUCCGAGCUCUGAUGCCAGCGCUGGAGGAGCUGACCUUCGACCCGAGCACGGCCCACCCAAGCCUGGUGCUGUGCGCCUCGGGCCGCCGCGUGGAGUGUUCGGAGCAGAAAGCGCCGCCGGCCGGAGAGGACCCGCGCCAGUUCGACAAGGCCGUGGCGGUAGUGGCGCACCAGCUGCUCUCCGAGGGCGAGCACUACUGGGAGGUGGAGGUGGGCGACAAGCCGCGCUGGGCGCUGGGCGUGAUCGCGGCCGAGGCCGGUCGCCGCGGCCGGCUGCAAGCGGUGCCCUCGCAGGGGCUCUGGCUGCUCGGGCUGCGCGAAGGCAAGAUCCUGGAGGCUCACGUCGAGGCUAAGGAGCCCCGCGCCCUGCGCACCCCGGAGAGGCGGCCGACGCGCAUCGGGAUCUACCUGAGCUUCUGCGAUGGCGUCCUCUCCUUCUACGACGCCAGCGACCCCGACGCGCUCGAGCUGCUCUUCGCCUUCCACGAGCGCCUGCCCGGGCCUGUGUACCCCUUCUUCGACGUGUGCUGGCACGACAAGGGCAAGAACACUCAGCCGCUGCUGCUCGUGGGGCCCGACGGCGGCGGGGAGGCCUGAGCCGCCCGCCGGGUUUGGGGAGGGGUGCGGGGCCCUGCCGGCCUGGAAGGAGAGACGGGUCGGGUUGCCGGGCUUGAAGGCAGGGCGGAGGGGGUUGGGGACCGGGAAGUUCAAGCGUUCUGAGAACUUUGGGGUUGGCAUGAACAGGGGACUGCCAGCCAGGGGUUGGAGUGCUGGUGGGAAAGGGAGAUCUAAAGUCAGGUCAGUGGGGGAACUCCACUUGGAGAACCAGGAAAGCUCGAGGGUUCUGAGAAGAAACAGAUUAAGGGUCAGGGGGCUUGGGGAGAAUUGCGGGGAGGAGCUGGAGAACUCUGUAGAGCAGCGGUCCCCAACCUUCUUGACACCAGGGACCGGUUUCGUGGAAGACCAUUUUUC